CCUGUCUCUUACUGUUCGAUGUUCGGACCAGACUAGCCACUAGCUUUCUCUCUCUAAUUUCUCUGAGAGAACAGUAGGUUUUGAUUCUGCUUUGACUGAUAAACUUUUGAGUCUAGUUUGCUCUUCCAUCCUUUUGUGUGUUUCUUUAGGCUUGGACUCUCCUAGUGGUGUAGUGUAACUCACAAUGAUUCAACUUGGGUUUCUUCUUCUCUUGUGAAAGUGUUUUUUGUGUGAUUGUGUUAUUUUCUUGAAAGAAGCGAAGCUGUAAAUUUUCCUAUUUAGCUUUUUUUUACUCUUUUUUUUUUCUUUGGUCUCUGCUUCUUGUUCAAACUUUGUGUUCCACUUGUCUGUGGACUUUCACUAGAAGACACGACCUAAGAAUCUUCUUUGUCUGAGAAAACAAAAAGAAACAAGCACUUCCGCUUGCGUUACGCUUAAGAAACGACAGGAUUUUCCGAAGAAGUUAAAGAUAAAGAAAAGAAGAAGCCAAAAGGAAAGUGAGAGAGAGAGAUAGAAGCUCGCAUCCCAGUAAGAAAGUACAAAAAAACCGUCGGAAAUUAGAAGAUUGUUAUAUAUUUUUAUUAAAAAAAUGGCGAUGGCAGUGGCGAAUCACAAUGAGAGUGGUGGUGACAAUAUAAAUCGGCAUUUGGAUAGCAGCGGGAAGUAUGUAAGGUACACGGCGGAGCAAGUGGAGGCACUGGAGCGUGUUUACUCGGAAUGUCCUAAACCCACCUCUCUCCGCCGUCAACAGCUCAUCAGUGAAUGCCCCAUUUUGGCCCAUAUUGAACCCAAGCAGAUCAAAGUCUGGUUUCAAAACCGAAGGUGUAGAGAUAAACAGAGGAAAGAGGCUUCGAGGCUGCAGAGCGUAAACCAGAAGCUUUCAGCUAUGAAUAAGCUGCUGAUGGAGGAGAAUGAUAGGCUUCAAAAACAGGUUUCUCAUCUUGUCACUGAAAACGGAUAUAUGAAGCAGCAGCUGACAACAACAGUGGGGGCUGAUGCCAGCUGCGACUCGGUGGAUCCAACUCCUCAUCAUUCCCUUAGAGAUGCAAAUAGUCCUGCAGGAUUGCUCGCGAUCGCAGAGGAGACCUUGGCAGAGUUCCUUUCUAAGGCUACAGGAACUGCUGUUGACUGGGUCCAGAUGCCUGGGAUGAAGCCUGGUCCGGAUUCGGUUGGCAUUUUUGCCAUUUCACAAAAAUGCAAUGGCGUGGCAGCUCGAGCCUGUGGUCUUGUCAGUUUAGAACCUAUGAAGAUUGUUGAGAUACUCAAAGAUCGACCAUCUUGGUUCCGCGACUGCCGGAGCCUUGAAGUUUUCACAAUGUUCCCUGCUGGUAAUGGUGGAACGAUCGAGCUCAUAUAUAUGCAGACAUAUGCACCGACGACUCUGGCUCCUGCACGUGACUUCUGGACCCUGAGAUACACUACAAGCCUUGACAACGGCAGUUUUGUGGUUUGCGAGAGGUCUCUCUCUGGUUCAGGAGCUGGUCCUAAUGCUAAUUCCUCUGCUCAGUUUGUGAGAGCAGAGAUGCUUCCUAGUGGCUAUUUGAUAAGGCCUUGUGAUGGUGGCGGUUCCAUAAUUCACAUCGUCGAUCAUAUUAAUCUCGAGGGUUGGAGUGUACCAGACGUGCUGCGACCCCUCUAUGAAUCUUCCAAAGUAGUUGCACAGAGAAUGACAAUUGCUGCGUUGAGACAUAUCAAACAAGUAGCUCAUGAGAGAAAUGGAGAAGUGGUAUACGGGUUAGGUAGACAGCCAGCGAUUUUGAGAACUUUUAGCCAAAGAUUAAGCAGAGGAUUUAAUGAUGCGGUGAAUGGGUUUAAUGACGAUGGGUGGUCCAUAGCGCAUUGUAAUGGAGCAGAAGACAUAACUGUUGCUGUGAACUCUACGAAGCACUUGAAUAGGUUCUCUGAUUCACUCUCUUUUCUAGGAGGUGUGCUCUGUGCCAAGGCUUCAAUGCUUCUUCAAAAUGUCUCUCCUGCGGUUCUCAUUCGAUUUCUAAGGGAGCAUCGGUCUGAGUGGGCUGAUUUUAAUGUUGAUGCAUACUCUGCCGCCACGCUGAAAGCUGGUGCCUUUGCUUAUUCGGGAAUAAGGUCUACAGCGUUCACCGGUAGCCAAAUUAUAAUGCCAUUAGGGAAUACAAUCGAAAAGGAAGAGAUGCUAGAAGUUGUUAGAUUAGAAGGGCAUUCUCUUGUCCAAGAAUACACAUCUUUGUCUAGGGAUGUACAUCUUCUACAGAUUUGUACUGGGGUUGAUGAGGAUGCUGUUGGAGCUUGUUCAGAGCUAAUAUUUGCUCCAAUCAAUGAGAUGUUUCCUGAUGAUGCUCCCCUUGUUCCUUCUGGUUUCCGAGUCAUACCUUUAGAUUCUAAAACGGGAGAUGCUCAGGACUUGCUUACUGCUAACCACCGGACGUUAGACUCAACUUCAAGCCAAUAUGUGGGUUCAACAACAUCAGAGACUGGUUCUAACCCGAGCACACGGUGCAUACUCACGAUUGCUUUUCAGUUCCCCUUUGAGAAUAACUUGCAAGAGAAUGUUGCCAACAUGGCUUGCCAGUAUUUGCGGAGCGUGAUUUCAUCCGUUCAACGGGUUGCGGUGGCGCUCUCACCGUCUUCUGGGUUAAACCCGGUUCCUGGUUCCAAGUUGCCUCCGGGGUCCCCUGAAGCUGUUACUCUUGCUAUAUGGAUAAGCCAAAGUUACAGACAACAGUUUGGCUCUGAUUUGCUGAGGACAGACUCACUUGGUGGCGAUUCGUUAUUAAGACAACUAUGGGAUCACCAAGAUGCUAUAUUGUGUUGCUCUUUGAAGCCACAGCCAGUGUUCAUGUUUGCGAACCAGGCAGGUCUAGACAUGUUAGAGACAACGCUCGUUGCGAUACAAGACAUCACAUUGGAGAAGAUCUUUGACGAGUCAGGUCGUAAAGCCCUCUGCCCAGAUUUUGCCAAGCUAAUGCAACAGGGAUUUGCUUGCUUACCAUCUGGAAUGUGUGUGUCGACAAUGGGGAGACAUGUUUCGUACGAGCAAGCUGUUGCAUGGAAAGUGUUCGCUAACUGUGAAGGCAAUAACAACAAUGGUAUUCAUUGUCUUGCUUUCUUGUUUGCGAACUGGUCGUUCCUCUGAUCUCUGAACCUCUUGUAGUCUCUAACGGGGGUAUCCUUUACUCAUUUUUGGUUGAUCUAGGUGCUUUUGUGUCUUUGUUUUGUAAUUUAUUUGUUCUUAUUUAGUAGCUUUCGUAAGUAUUUUCCACCUUGCACUUCUCACAUCUAUUAGAGAGUACAUAGUGUAAUUAAACAUCAUGUUGUUCCUCUAACUUAAACAAAGUAGCUUAUAAUUUAGAAGUA